AUGUUUUCUGAUUUAUCGAUUUGGAUUACACAUAAGUAUUUAAGCAUCAUAAGUGGAAGCAGAGAUGUUACCACCUCUACCAGUCCAGUUAACGUGGAUCCAUUGGUCUUUCUUCAAAAAGUCAUUCUCUUGGCCUGGCAAGACUUGGAAGGUAUGAGCACCAAAGUAGUCUCUUUGAGCUUGCAACAAGUUAGCUGGCAAUUGAGCCGAUCUGUAACCAUCGUAGAAGGACAAAGCAGUAGAGAAAGCAGGAACUGGAACACCGUACUCAACAGCCUUACCGAUAGUAGAUCUCCAGCCUUGUUGAGCCUUGAUAACAGCCUUGUUGAAGAAUGGGUGGAACAACAAGUUCUCCAAGUCUGGGUUCUCUCUGUAAGCAGCAGUAAUCUCGCCCAAGAAGACAGAUCUGAUGAUACAUCCACCUCUCCACAUCAAAGCAAUGGCUGGGUUGUUCAACUUCCAACCGUACUCCUUAGCAGCCUCUCUGAUCAACAUGAAACCUUGAGCGUAGGAGAUAAUCUUAGAAGCGUACAAAGCUUGUUCCAAGUCGUCAACAAACUUCUGCUUGUCCUUGAUAGGGGACUCACCUUCAACAGAUGGGCCGGUCAACACGGUAGAGGCCUUCACUCUCUCAUCCUUGAUAGCAGACAAACAUCUGGAGAAAACGGCCUCACCAAUCAAAGUAACUGGCAUACCCAAGUCCAAAGCGUUGAUAGCAGUCCACUUACCAGUUCCCUUUUGACCAGCAGUGUCCAAGAUCUUUUCAACCAAUGGCUUUCCAUCAGUAGGGUCAUUGAAGUACAUGAUGUCUCUGGUAAUUUCAAUCAAGAAAGAGUCCAAAACACCGUUGUUCCACUUCGCGAAAACGUCACCGAUUUCCUUGUCAGAGAACUUGCCCACUCUCUUCAUCAAAUCAUAGGCCUCACAAAUCAAUUGCAUGUCACCAUACUCGAUACCAUUGUGGACCAUCUUAACGUAAUGACCAGCGCCAGCAUCACCAACCCAGUCACAACAUGGCUCACCAUCAGACUUGGCGGCAAUGGAUUGGAAGAUGUCCUUGAUGUGUGGCCAAGCAUCUGGGUGACCACCUGGCAUCAAAGAAGGUCCGUGACGGGCACCCUCUUCACCACCAGAAACACCAGAGCCAACAAAAAGGAUUCCCUUCUCCUUCAAUUCCUCGUAACGACGGUUAGAGUCUGGGAAGUGGGAGUUACCACCAUCAAUGAUAAUAUCACCCUUCUCCAAGUGUGGCAAUAA